AAAAACUCCAUCCAUCACUCAAAACCCCCACUACCCAAAAGCUCUCCAUUCCUCACCCUCCACUCCACCACUAUUAAUUCCUCUUCUCCUCAACCCCACUUUUACUAUCUACGCUAAACUCAAACAGCAAGAUGUCUAAAUUCUUCUUUCUUUUUCUUGCCCUCUUCCUCCCUGCUUUAGUCUCCGGCGGGGGGGUGUCUUGUAGCUGUGAUGAAUCCGAUGGGGGUGCUGCCGUCAGCGCAAAAGAAGCAAUGAAAUACAAGGUGGGUUCGAUUGGGUCGGUGCUGGUGGCCGGAGCUGCAGGGGUGAGCCUUCCUUUGGUGGGGAAGAAGAUUCGGUGUCUGAGGCCAGAAAAUGACAUAUUUUUCAUGAUAAAGGCUUUUGCUGCAGGGGUCAUUUUGAGCACUGGCUUCAUCCACAUACUGCCCGAUGCCUUCCAAGACUUGACCUCCCCCUGUCUGGGCCAAAAUCCUUGGGGAGAUUUCCCAUUUGCGGGUUUCAUCGCCAUGGCCGCCUCCAUCGCCACCUUGAUGGUGGACACAUUUGCAACCAGUUUUUACCAGAGACGCCACUUCAGUAAAACCAAGCAAGUAAUUGCUGACCAGGAAACCGGCAAUGACCAUGCCGGUCACGUGCAUGUUCACACUCACGCCACACAUGGCCACGCUCACGGAUCCGCCCCCACUCCCACCGGAGAAUUGAGUCUCGCUGACUUGAUCCGUUACCGGAUUAUAUCUCAGGUUUUGGAAUUGGGAAUUGUGGUUCAUUCGGUGAUAAUUGGUAUUUCUCUUGGUGCAUCGCUGAGCCCUGCCACCAUUAAGCCACUGCUGGUAGCUCUGUCUUUCCACCAAUUUUUUGAGGGAAUGGGACUCGGUGGCUGCAUUUCCCAGGCACAAUUUAGGUGGCAAUCAGCGGCAGCAAUGGCGACAUUUUUCUCACUGACAGCGCCUGUGGGAAUUGCUGUGGGAAUCGGAAUCUCAGGAGUUUAUAGAGACAAUAGUCGGACGGCUCUGAUCGUUGAAGGAAGCAUGAACUCAGCAUCGGCAGGGAUAUUGAUUUACAUGGCUCUUGUCGACCUUCUUGCUGCUGAUUUCAUGAACCCAAGGAUGCAAAACAAUUUGGGUCUUCAAUUAGGAGCUAAUAUCUCUUUGCUUUUAGGGGCUGCUUGCAUGUCUGUACUGGCCAAAUGGGCUUAGAAGUUAGAUCCACUUUUCCUCCCUUUUCAAUACAACCUAAUCCAACUCGACCUUCUCAGUUUUGAUACUGCAACACGAAUCUGCUCCCACUUCACCACUUAAUUGACUUAUCCACUAGCCAUCCAAACCAAUUUAAUUGUUUGAUUCAA